AUCACAUGUGCCUGUGACAAAGCUUUCCUGCAAUUUAGAAACCUUUUCAGAGUCCUGAAAAACUCCUAAACCUCGUUCUUCUUUCUACAGCUUUUCAUCUUAACAUCAUCAGAUAGUACAAGGCAAUGGCCAACCUUCAAAUGAAACCCGUUGCUACACUUCUUUUGCUCCUUAAUUUCUGCAUGUACGUCAUUGUUUUGGGCAUUGGUGGAUGGGCCAUGAAUAGAGCAAUUGAUCAUGGUUUUAUCAUCGGGCCCGACUUCAACCUCCCAGCGCAUUUCUCACCCAUAUACUUCCCCAUGGGCAACGCUGCCACCGGAUUCUUCGUGACAUUUGCUUUGCUAGCAGGAGUUGUUGGUGUAGCAUCAGCGAUUGCAGGUUUAAACCAUGUUCGUUCCUGGAAUGCCAAUAGCUUGCCAUCAGCAGCCUCAGUUGCUGGCGUUGCUUGGACCCUUACUUUACUUGCCAUGGGAUUUGCCUGCAAAGAAAUUGAGCUUGAAAUCAGGAAUGCUCGUCUGAGAACAAUGGAGGCAUUCUUGAUCAUACUUACAGCUACACAGCUCUUUUACAUAGCAGCGAUUCACGGUAGCGUAUAAAUGAUAACACAGUCGAAGGGUUAACGCGUGGUGUGUCCUUUUAUAUAUAUAUAUAUAUAUAUAUUUUUUUUUUACCACUAAGAAUUUUUCUCUUUGUAUUCCUUCGAGUCUUGAGAUGUACAAACAGGCCGCAAAGGCUGUUUCUGGUUGUGGUGUGAUGGGCGUGAAUACGAUUGGGCUUUUAUAAACCUGUAAUAGAACAGUUCAGUUCGAAAUUUCUGCCGCAAUUGACCAGGUUUCUUUCAA